AUGAAGUCGGGUCUCUUUCCUGCAGCUCUUGCUACAUUGCUGUUCAUCACCUUAUGUAGCGCUUCUUCCAGUUCUCGACUGGAGUCUCCAUGGCCCGAAGACCGUACAUUUCCCCGCGAUGCAAAAGAGAAGAGUACAUCCCAUCGCCUAGAUGUUGAUGACAAGUCGCGCACCUACGUUCCCAUCACCUCACCAUACCGAAACGUAUUCCUACCAUUAAGUGACCCUGAAGCCGCCAGUAUUACUCAAUUCCUCCAUGACCAACCAAAACUCAAUCUGACAGCUGCGGAGAAUGCAACAAGCUGGGACAACACAAUCAUUGGAGUUGAGACUCUACCACCGAACAAAUCUGUUGCCUUGCCUUUCCUCAACGGCCAAAAAGCAGCACUACCGAAGCGAUAUGCUAGGGCAACUAUUAAGUUUGCCGCUACGGACCAGCCGUAUUACGAGGACUACUUGGUCGGACCCUUGCCAGUCGAUAAUUCCACCGACUGGCAGCCGCUUACCUUCAUGUACAACAAGCAGAACCCCAUCCAACGGAUCUACGAUGCGGAUAGCGACAAGGUUGGGGAUUUCAUCGAUCAGCUUGAAGCCGACGUUGCUCCCAUCUUACAAGACCUUCUGAACGCAACAGAUGGAAACGGCUCAUUGACUACUUCGAGAAUCGAACCUUUGUGGAGAGAAAAUGGAGACGUCAUUGCUUGGUAUCAGUACUGGAGGAGCCCUACCCUGGAGUUUGAUGAUGGCACGCUUCUUCCUCAGGGCCUCUACUUCAAGCUAAAUAUCACCGGACGAGAUCCCAAAGGCUGGAGCACCCUAGGCUGGUACUAUGAUGGAAUCUUCUUCAACUCUACAGAAGCCUUCCAAAAUUCUUGGAAAAGCGGGAAGGUUGUUCCUGUUCCGUACGAAACUGACGGCACGUGGGGAACCACCGACAGGCGGGGCGAAAACCUCCCUCUGGAUCAGUACAACCCACCGAUGGCAAUUAAACCAGAUAAUCCGCGUUAUGGAGUUGACAUCGACCAGAAAUACGUCGAAUGGAUGGACUUUUCCUUCUUCAUUUCCUUCAGCCGAGAUGGUGGUUUAAGUCUUUACGACAUCCGAUUCAAGGGCGAAAGGAUCAUCUACGAGCUCGGGCUGCAGGAAGCCCUCGCACAUUACGCAUCGUCAGAUCCUUAUCAGUCCGGAACUUCAUACCUUGACUCCUAUUACGGCUUUGGGCCGUAUGCAUUUGAGCUGGUGAACGGAUACGACUGUCCGUCUUACUCCACUUAUCUCAAUACCUCUUUCUACACACGAGAGAGUACACAUUGGCACCCGAACAGCAUCUGCUUGUUCGAGUUCCAGCGCGACUAUCCGAUUCAGCGUCAUUCGACCGCAAAUUACGUCAGCAUAACGAAAAAUAUCAUGUUCGUUGUUCGCACAGUAUGCUCUGUCGGAAACUACGAUUACCAGUUCACUUAUGAAUUUUACUUGGAUGGCUCCAUCCAGGUUCUGGUUCGGGCCUCCGGGUACAUCCAGAGCGCCUUCUGGGCUCAUAACGGCGACUAUGGCUUCAAAAUCCACGAUGCUCUCUCAGGAUCGAUGCAUGAUCAUGUAUUAAAUUUCAAGCUUGAUCUGGAUGUCAAAGGUACAGCCAAUAGCUUGAUGAAGACAGAGUUCGUUCCUGUCGCAGAAACUUAUCCAUGGUCCAGCGGCAAACGCAACACGAUGAAACUCGAAAAAUCCUUCAUCACUAGCGAAAAAGAAUCCAAGAUCCACUGGUCGCCCAACGGCGCAGCCGUCUACUCCGUGGUCAACAAAGACGCCAAAAACGCCUAUGGCGAGUACCCCGGUUGGAAAGUCGUCCCCACAACCGGCAGCUCCAUCCACCUCACCAACCCCAACUCGUCCAACCUCGGGCCCUCUGUCGCCUGGGCCUCGCACCCGCUGUACGCGGUGCGGCAAAAGGACACGGAGCCGCGCAGCGCGUCGGGGCUCAACAUGCUGGACCCGUACGCGCCGCUGGUCGACUUCGGGCGCUUCUUCGCCGACGGCGAGUCGCUGGACCAGCAGGACCUGGUGCUGUACUUCAACCUGGGCAUGCACCACGUACCCGACACGCAGGACCUGCCCAACACCGUCUCCACCCUCGCCCAGGCCGGGAUGACCAUCGCGCCCCAGAACUAUCUUCCCGCCGGCGACGCCUCGCGCGCCUCGCGUCAGCAGGUGCGCAUCAAUCAUGGUGGUGGCGAGGCGCACGUUACGUGGUUCGGUGGUGGUGGUGAGGGAGGAGACGAUGCUGAUGAGAAGAACGAUGAGCCAGAGGGCAUGUUCAAUCUCACGGCGGCGCGCUCGGGGGUUGAGGACUACACGGGUGGUUUUGUUGUGCGUAAGUUCCCAUAUGAUCCUGCUAACUGGUACUGGGAGGGCGAGUCGGAGGACCAGCAGUCGGGGAACUAA